CAGCUUGAGUCAAGUUUUGGCUAAGCCAGAUGUCACAAGAACCGUUUCUUGUCUUGUUCGUAAAUCGAUAAACAUCCAAGAUGUAUCAAGUAACAGAUUUUCAAAAAAUUGGAGUUGGCUUGGCGGGAUUUGGUAUCGCCUUCCUAUUUCUGGGCGUUUUGUUUUUGUUUGACAAAGGAUUGCUGGCAAUAGGAAAUAUACUAUUCAUAUGUGGACUAGCUUUUGUCAUCGGAUUGGAGAGAACUUUCCGAUUUUUUUUCCAAAGACAUAAAUUAAAAGCUACCAGUUUCUUUGUUGGUGGUAUAUUGAUUGUGUUGUUAGGGUGGCCAGUUAUUGGAAUGUGUGUAGAGAUGUAUGGAUUCUUUCUUUUGUUCAGUGGAUUUUUCCCAGUAGCUGUAAACUUUUUACGAAGAGUUCCAAUUAUAGGCACCAUUCUAGAUUUACCAUACAUCAGAACAGCCGCAGACAAGUUAGCUGGAUCCAAUUCCAUGGACAUGGCUUGAACAAAGAAGCUGUUGUGCAAUAUGGAAAACAAUGUACCCCUCAAUGAUUUAGUAUUCUCUCCACAAACGCCGAUACAUAUACAUGGUUUGUAAAUAUUUGUCAAUGAUAUAUCUUAAAUAAAUGAUUAAAAGUCUUU